AUGAGGAAACAAACAUUUGAGGCAUUGCUGCGUGAGCUUGCUUUCUUUCUUUACGACACUGGGAAAGUCCAGCGGGUGAGGAACAGGCUUGACAUCCCGCUCUUAAUGGUCUUGUGGAUCUUAGCUACACCAGACUCGUUUAGAAGCGUUGCUUUAAGAUUUGGUGUUCGGCCAGGCUCUGUUCACGACAACUAUUCUUUCAUAAUCGAGGCCUUUAGGAACAUGGCACCCCAGUACAUUAUGUGGCCAGAUCGACAGGAGAGAGCAAUGAUCAAGGAGAGGUUCUAUCAGUACUCGAAAACAUACAUCAAUCGUCAUCAUCAGUACUCGUUCAAUUCAAUGGUUGUUGCGGAUGACAACCUACUGAUCAGAGACCUUCACUUGGGAGAGGUGGGGAGCAUGCAUGACGCCAGGGUCUUCAGGCGCAGCCCACUGUACAUGAAGCUUCUUCAAGAUGACAAUGAAGAAUAUUUGUCAGAAGAUGAGCAUAUAGUAGGUGACGGUGCCUACGGAGUAACAAAUUUUCUUAUGUGUCCGUUUAGAAAUGUGGGCCGCCUAACAGAAGAACAGACAGAGUGUAACAAACAAUUGUCUCGCUGCAGGGUACGCAUAGAGCACACUUUUGGAAAGGCCUUUGGUCAGUGGCGUCGAAUGAAGAUGUUGGAAUGCUCUCAUAUUGAUUUGGCCAUUGAUCACUUCACAGCAAGUUAUGUUCUUCAUAAUUUCAUGAUUUUGAAUGGGGAACGAAUGAUGGACCUUGACCAGCCAGACCAGUUUUUACCUUUGCUUGAAGAGAAUAGAAAUGUGAACGCAGGUGAAGAAGAGGCUCUGGAUGAUGAGGUACUCAGAAUGCUGGAAAAUAGAGCCAAACGUCUUGGGGAGCAGAAAAGAAUGAGGUUGGUCAACCAAUUGUAA